AUGGUCAACGUUGCAAUUAUCGGUGCUAGUGGUAAAGCUGGACAAGCUGUCUUGAAGGAGUCUUUGGCGCGUGGCUUCAAGGUAACUGCUGUUGUCAGAGACAAGAGCAAGAUCAGUCAAGAUGUCCCUGUCAUUGAAAAAACGGCCCAAUCGCUGACUCAAGAGGAUCUCAAGGAAUUUGAUGUGGUUGUCAAUGCCUUUGGUGCUUCCGCUGGUCAUGAAGAUGAUCAUAUUCAGGUCGGAAGAGUGCUCAUCAAUGCCCUCAAGAACACAAAUUCCAGACUUAUUGUCGUAGGUGGCGCUGGUAGCUUAUACGUGGAUGAAGAGAAGAAAAUUCGUCUUUUGGAAACGGAAGCCUUCCCCAAGCAGUUCGUCCCUACUGCCACUGCUCAAAGUGAAAACUUGAAUGAACUGCGUGCCUCUACAGACCUGAAAUGGACUUUUAUCAGUCCAGCUGCUUUCUUUGAUCCCGAGGGUGCAAGAACUGGUGAAUACAAGACGAGUGAUGACAAGUUCAUCUUGAACAGCAAGAACGAGAGUUACAUUUCCUAUGCUGAUUAUGCUAUUGCUUUGGUAGAUGAAAUUGAACAUCCCAAGCAUCCCAAUGCUAGAUUUGCAGUUGUUUCUGUUUAA